AUUCAUCCCAAACAGGUAGACCAACCAAAACAUUGAGAUAUUGUGAUGACAGAACAUGACUCAGUGGCUGACUUAUCUUAUCAGUCCUAGUAUGAGCCCAGCAUUCUAGGGGCCUUGGGUGCUUCCUAUAGUGCUUAGAGACAGAAUUCCAUGGAUGAUCAUGUGGCAACAUAUCCUUUUCCCUGUUGCUGUCUUUCUGUUCUUCAUCUGGAGUGGGAACUGGAUUGUUGUGCAUCUUGUUGCUAUCUGCUACGGGAAGUGGAAGUUACACAGGAAAACAAGUGCUCCUCCUUCAGCAACUGGCUUCCCAGGCGUUUCUAUUCUCAAGCCCCUUGUUGGUGUAGACCCCAAUCUGACGUCAAAUCUUGAGACUUUCUUCACCAUGAACUAUCCUCAAUUUGAGAUACUGUUCUGCAUCCAUGAAGAUGGAGAUCCCAGCAUCAAGAUUGUAGAGCAGUUGCGAAAGAAGUACCCUCACGUGGACUGUCAAGUAUUUAUUGGUGGUGAGAAGAUUGGAGCAAACCCAAAAAUUAACAACAUGUUCCCUGGCUACAAAGCAGCCAAAUAUGAUCUCCUCCUCAUCUCUGAUUCAGGAAUUAGAAUGAAAGAAGACACAUUGAUGGACAUGGUACAACACAUGACAGAUCGAGUGGGCCUAGUUCAUCAAAUGCCAUUUGUAUGUGACCGCAAGGGCUUCCCUGCUGCUGUGGAGAAGGAGUUCUUUGGCACUGUCCAUGCUCGUUUCUACUUGUCUGCUGAAUUCUAUGGCAUCAAUUGUUGUACUGGGAUGAGCUCGUUAGUGAGGAGAAGCAUCCUUGAAGAUGUUGGAGGGCUGCAGACAUUCUCAUGCUACCUAGCAGAAGACUAUUUCAUUGCCUGUGCCGUCCUCUCUAAAGGAUACAAACUCACAAUUUCUUCUCAGCCAGCAUGGCAAAAUGCAGGCUCUCUACAGAUCUCAGCGUUUCAGGCUCGAGUCACACGGUCAGUUUCCACCAUCAAUAUUUUCUACAGCAAAGCUUUCUAUCCUAGUUGGGCUCGGUUGAGGUAUGCGAUGCUGCCUCAUACAAUGAUCCUGGAGCCAGUUGGGGAGUGUUUGUUCAUGGGUCUCAUGGGAGCAUGGGCUGCUCACAUUCUCUUUGGCUGGAGCCUUCUUGCAUUUUUUCUCCUUCAUGCUCUCAUCUGGUUCAUCUUGGACUGGAUUCUUCUCUCCAUUGUCAAUAGAGGAGGGAUGCCAAUGAACAAGUUUGAGUUCCUCAUCUGUUGGAUUUUUCGGGAAUCCUCAGUGCCAUAUCUGUACCUGCUUGCAUUAUGUGUGCCUGCAAUCCGCUGGAGAACAGGAACUUAUCGUCUCCGCUGGGGUGGGAAAGUAAAUGAAGCCACAUCAGAUAUCUAGUCUACGCAUUUAAAAAUCCCCUUGACCAAACCUAAUCUGUCACACAAUGAAAGAGGUAUAUCACUUGAUGUGCAAUAAGUAUCCCCUCCUUGCAAACCUGUCUUUCUUUUUGAUUUGUUGAUGCCCAUCAAUUGCCAUCAGUGUUUUUUUUUUGUUGCUACCUCGGAGUUCAGUCAGUCAUCAAUUUGUCAGACUCUGUGGGCAUUCCAUGCUGGGACUGCAGCAUUACAUUUCAUCAAGAAGACUGAUAUUCAGUCAUUCUCAUUCUGUAUUCACGUUUCCUAUUUGUUUGGAACUUAUUCCUGCUAUUUUUAUUAAUAAUGAAUGUUCUAGUGUUUUCCCCUCAAUGAUAAAGGCUGAACUUUCCCUGGUUUUAUUCCUUACUGAAAGUAUAACUGCAGUCCUUGUCUAUCUAGUCUUCAUUCCAGUUUGUGAACUGGAUCUUGUUCCUUAGUCAAAAGUGUGAAGCAUUUUUUUUCUUUUUCCCAUAAUUCCAAUCAUAAGUUAAUGAUUGCAUAAUGAAAACACUGUCUAGUCCUCCCUCAUCGUGGGCAUUUCUGAUAUUCAAUGGCAGGAAAGGUGGAAGUGCCUGUGCUACAUGUCUUUUUACACUGUGCUACAUUAAGUUGAAUCUCACUGGAGUCAUGGUUGAUCAAAGAACAGGUGGGUAAAAGUUUGUCAAUGUAAAGUGUCCACAUAAAAUGUUGAUGCUUUUACUUUUGCCCAUCCCUGUCUUCUUGCAACUGCCAUGCCAAUCCAUUCCAUUCUCCCUCUCUUAUCCUCUUUAUGCAUCUGUUAUUGUGCAUUUUGAUCUAUUUGAUCUUAAGAAAUGUUUUUUAUCUUUGCACAAAUUUCUGCAAUUAUCUGUUUCCCAAGUAUUGAAUCCUACCUGUGGAGGUCAUGCCAUACCAUAAUGCUUCUUUCCAUGUAUGUUUUGCAUUUCCAUCUGAAGAGUCUGGUUGUUACCAAUUCUCAACUGUGAUUGUGGCCCUUGGAGCAUAAUAUUCUCAUGUAUCAGCUGAAGUGAGGUAUUGGCAUGAUCAAAGAAACAGAGGGUGGAAGUUUGUCUUGUGGCCCAUGCUGAAAGUUUUUGUUUUUAAUAAAUUAUUUCUCUCUGAAAUAGAAA